AUGAGUCAGAAGUUGCGCGACUUGAUCCGCGGCGUGCGCGCCUGCAAGACUGCGGCCGAGGAGCGUGCCGUGAUCGCGAAGGAGAGCGCACUGAUCCGCACAAAGUUUAAGGACCAGGACAAGCAGUAUCGCCACCGCAACGUGGCCAAACUGCUCUUCAUCCACAUGCUGGGCUAUCCGUCGCAUUUCGGUCAAAUGGAGUGCGUUAAGCUCAUCGCCAGCCCCUACUUCGCCGAGAAACGUAUGGGCUACUUGGGUCUAAUUCUACUGCUCACAGACCAGGAGGAUGUGCUCACACUCGUCACGAAUUCCGUCAAAAAUGAUUUGAACAACCAAACCCACUUCACUGUGGCACUGGCACUCACGGCAGUUGGCAACAUUGCUUCGGCAGAUAUGGCGCGUGACUUGGUGAUGGAUGUGGAUCGUCAUCUACGCAGCGACAACGAGCAUCUGCGCAAGAAGGCGGCGUUGGCAGCUGUUCGGGUGUUUACAAAGGUGCCAGAUCUAGUGGAAGACUUCACAGAAUCGAUCCUUGGACUUCUGCGCUCCAAGCACCACGGCGUUUUACUUGCAGGUGUCCAGCUGAUCACUGAGGUUGUCAUUCUGGAUGCAGAGAACUUGAAGACGUUCAGUAGUCUCGUCCCCAAGCUCGUUAAGCAGCUACGCAACUUGCUAUCCAUGGGAUACUCGAGCGAGUACGACGUCAGUGGCAUAGCCGACCCGUUCUUGCAAGUGGCAAUUCUGAAGCUGCUGCGUCUAUUGGGUAAGGACAACGAGGAAGCGAGUGAAGCCAUGAACGAUGUGCUGGCACAAGUGGCUACAAACACAGAGACAGCCAAGACAGCGGGCAACGCCAUUCUGUACGAAUGUGUGCAGACGAUUAUGACGAUCGAGAGCGACAGUGGACUUCGCGUGCUUGCGAUAAACAUUCUGGGGCGAUUCCUGCUCAAUCGCGACAAUAACAUCCGCUACGUGGCACUUAACACGUUGUCCAAGGUCGUCACGGACGAUAUUGCGGCGGUGCAGCGUCAUACCAACACUAUCGUGGACUGUCUGAAAGACCCAGACACUUCUAUCCGUCAGCGUGCACUCGAGCUGAUCUAUUCACUUGUGAACUCCUCCAAUAUCCAAACGCUCGCUCGUGAGAUGCUCAACUACCUUGUCAUCGCUCCAAAUGAUCAGAAGCCUGAGCUGUGCUCCCGUAUUGCUGAUGCUGUGGACCGCUACGCGCCGUCGAGUCGGUGGCACAUUGAUACGUUGAUCACGAUGUUGUCGAUUGCAGGUUCGACGCUGCCGGACGAGCGGAUAUGCAGCUCGCUUAUCACGCUUAUCCAGCGCAACACUGACCUGCACCCUUACGUGGUCCACAAACUGUUCUGGGCACUUCACGACGAUGUGUCGCAGCUCUCGCUUGUCCACGUGGGUAUCUGGUGUGUCGGAGAGUACAGCAAGUUCCUUUUGCUAGACGCGCCACCGUCCGAAGAGACCUUGAGCGACAAGAGUCGUGUGGACGAGAGCAGCAUUGUGGAGCUCUUCACGACGAUCCUACGUCACCAUGGAGCCACUGACAUCACGCGCGCGUACUCGUUGAACGCUAUGGUGAAGCUGACGACGCGUUUCAGCUCUCCGUCGGAGAUUGCCAAGCUCAAUUUUAUGAUCUCUUCUUUCAACACGUCCAUGGUGCUGGAGCUUCAGCAACGCGCCACAGAGUACACCACUCUGGGCCAGCCGCAGUGGUCUUCUCUACGCAAUGACGUACUGGUUAAUAUGCCUGCGAUCGAUGCGUCCAAGGUGCGCAGUCGCAAUGACAACCUUACGUCAUCGGCUGUGGGUUCUGCUGAUCUCCUCGGCGACGACAAUACCAGCGCAAACGCCACUGCUGCCGCUGCUCCGAAGCCUGCGCAGACAAAGUCGAGUGCGAGUGCCAGUCUACUAGACCUGGACGACAUCUUUGGCGGAGGCGCAUCGACGUCAAGUGCCGGCACGUCGAUGUCAGCUUCGUCUUCGGCUCCUGCUGUACCUGCUGUGGACUUGCUAGCAGAUAUUUUCUCAAGCGGCCCGAGUGCGCCAGCUCCUGCAGCUUCGUUCGGGUCAAACAACGGUGGGUCGGCUGCUCCGGGUGCCGACGACUUGCUAGGAUUAAUGGACUUUGGUGCUCCUGCAGCAGCCGCUCCUCCCGCAGCGAACCCUCCAGUGCGUGCGUACGACAAGAACGGAUUGACUGUGGACUUGGAGAUCACAAAGCCCAAUCCGGACGACAAGUCCGUGACGUACAUCACGGCGACGACGCGAAACUCGACGGCCCAGGCGAUCGAGAAGUUCGUGUUCCUGGCUGCGUUCCCAAAGUACAUCAAACUGAAGAUGGAGCCUCCAACUGGCGACUCUGUGCCCGCGAACAACAGCGGCGUAGUGACUCAAGUCGUCAAGAUCCAGAACAGCAUGCAGGGCGAGAAACCUGUGCUCAUGAGGAUCAAGCUGGAAUUCUUGGUAAAUGGCAGCAAGGUGGAGGACAUGGCGACAGUCAACAACUUCCCGUCCAACAUUUAACCAGUCAAGUAGAGACCAAGUAGGCAUUCGGUCUGGCUACAGCUGUGGGAUGUGGGGUCAAAGUCUGACCAAGACCAACAAAGAAUAUAGCCGUGCUUGUUUUUCGUGUUGAUCGUCGGCUACCAACGCACCUUUACGCGCGUCGCUUGAGUGUAGUGAGACGGAAUUGCCAGUAGGCCUUCCUCACACAAUCUGUGUCGUUCAUGAGCGUCUCCACUAGCUUGUAGGCCGCUUCAACCGCCUCGUCUGUGCCUUCCUUCGCGUAAAAGUCCACUAGCAAAGCCGCUGCGAAGAUGCAAUCCGGUGUGGCUGUCAGUAUCUCUUGUAUCUUCGUCUUCACCUGCGCAGCAAACGCAGCUUCAUGGCCACGGACGAGACCGCGGAGAUAGUUCCACGGACUCUCGUUGUGCACUGCGAUGGAGAUUUUGUCCAGUGCAUAGUCGAUUUCUCGCUGACGAUCCGCUGUAGUUGCAAGUCCCGACGAGUUGUUCAACACGAACCAGCGGUGAUUCCACGCCGAGUUGUUGCGCACGUCCUCGAGCAACAUUUUGUCCACGAACUGGAGCUCUCCGUCCCAGAGGCCGAAGGUCUUGACAACCCACUGACGGUGUGCCCAGGCGUGGUAGUUCUUGGAGUCUCCGUCGAUAGCCAAAGCGCAGAACUCCUUCUCUUCGCUGGCGUCAUGCAGCAUGGUGCAGAUCUCGCGGCGGUGGUGCCAGAUCUGGUAGUUCUUAGGGUGCUGGAUGGCCAUAUCGGCGGUGAACUGCAGCUCCUCGCGCAGAUCCGAGCCUAGAGCCUCCAAGACACGUCGACGGAAGUACCAGACGGUGUAGUUGGCUGGAUUAGCGUCGAUCACGUCCAGGGUCAGCGCCAGUGUACGCUCGCUGCACUCGUUUAGCUUGAGCACACCUCGGAAACAGUCCAUUACAUCUGUGACUAUAGCAACAUGGAGAGAGUUAGGGGAGAAAGGAGCAAGCAAGAUACACGUACAGUUGGCGGAGUAGGCGAUGCUCACGAUCGGGUUCGGGCCGUCAUCCUGCGGCACCUUGACCACGUCGGCCCAUGCAGGGUCCUCGCUGUACUUCAUG